AAAUUUUUUACGUGGAAAACUAUCAAGAAUUGACGAACUUACUACCGAAGGGAAUUCGAGUAUUCGCGACAGCAUUCCUGAUUUUAAGCUUCUAUCUACCGAGGCUGGGGUAACUUUCCUGGCAUUCGGUAAUGGGUCACCGGAUCUUUUUAGUACCUUUAGCGCAAUGACACACGAUUCUGGUCCUUUAGCUAUCGGAGAGCUUAUCGGAGCCGCAAACUUUAUAACGUCUAUAGUUGCCGGUUCCAUGGCAGUUAUAGCUCCGUUUCGUGUUAAAAAAGCUCCGUUCCUCCGAGACGUGUUUUUUUUUUCUACAGCGAUUGCAUUUACUCUUGCUAUUAUUUGGGAUGGGUACAUUUAUUUGUGGGAGAGUAUAACCUUGGUAUUACUCUAUGUUACCUAUGUUACUGUAGUGGUUUUAGGAAAUUGGAUUGUAAAACAGCGAAAAAAAAGAAGAUGGUUGGAACAAAAGGAUAGAGAGGAAUUUGCCCACUCUAUAACAGGAAAUGAAGUCUUUAAAACGCCUGAAGAAUUUGAAAAUCGAGAUGUCUACGGUUAUGAUUCCUACGUUGAGACCGAUCUUUUGUUACCAGAAGGUGAACGCGGCCCUGAUUAUACGAAUCAAACAAUUCAACCAAUAUCAUUGACACCUUUGUUACCGUAUGACCAUUUCGAGAGUUACUCGCAAAAUUCAUUUCUACCCACAAAUGAUAUAGACCAAUCUAAACAUCACCAGCAUGGUAGUUCUACAAGGCCAAUGACAAUUAAUCGUAGGCCUUCGUUGGUCAGAGCGAUAGAGUAUCGAGAUGUGGUUAAUUCUAUCAAAUUGAGUAGCAAUAUGAGAUCACCGGGACGAAAUAGAACAAUGCUUUCAAGUUGGCCAAAUAAUGAUCAUUCACACAGAACUAGGAGAGCGUGGACCAGUAUUGAAGGAACUUCAGAUUUAACGCAUAACUCUUCUACACAUCUCGCUCCAAACACAUUGAGUGUGCCCAAUACGCCACUGUUCUUGGAGAUUCCACGAAUCCCUCACAGGAGGUCAUCGUCUUUAUCACCACCAGUCCAAAUAUUUUCUUCACCGUUAAACAUGUCCCCAUUAAACAUUUCUCCUUCACACGAAACUUUCCAAACACCUUCUCCAUCAGCAGAAACCAAUCAACAUCUUUUAACUGAUAUGUCAAUACAUUCGUCACCUAUGCAUUCUCCUAUAGUCACAACAGCAUCAUCUCCAAUGUUAAAGCCAUUACAGACACCACCUCCGAUAACUAUUUGGAAAGAAAUACAAUCCACUCUUUUUCCAUCCCUUACAGGUUUCUUUGAAAAGUCAUUCGUUGCAAAACUCACCGCUUUGAUGGCACUUCCAAUGAUACUUGUACUUAAGCUUACACUUCCUGUUGUGGAAGUUGAUGAUAUACCCUUACAAGAAGAACAAAAGAAUAAUCAAUCACAACAUAUUGACACUCCUUCCAUUGUUGUCAACGAUGAUCAUGAUUUAGUUAUAGUUGAUGAACCUGAAAACAAAUGCCCUACCGGGUGGAAUCGUUGGCUAACUGUAGUUCAAUUUUUUUUUGCACCUUUGUUUGUCUCAACGGUUUUACUCAGCGAUGAGUCACCUAUUUUCAUAUUAUACGCAUUUAUUGUUGGUAUCUUAUUAUCCAUGUUUUGCAUUUUUACUACGAGCGAUGAUGAACCUCCCAAGUUUUAUUCAGCACUAAGCUUUAUGGGAUUUGGUGUUGCGAUUGUGUGGGUUUAUCUCUUAGCUAACGAAGUUGUUGGUUUGUUACAGGCUUUGGGUUUAAUUAUGGGAUUAAGUGAUGCUAUUCUUGGCCUAACUAUAUUCGCAAUGGGUAGUAGCCUUGGUGAUUUUGUUGCCAAUAUCACUAUCGCAAAAACGGGGAGACCUAUGAUGGCUAUAAGUGCAUGCUUUGGUGGUCCAAUGUUGAAUAUUCUUUUAGGCAUUGGCUUGAGUGGUACUUAUGUGACAGCCAAAACUGGCAUCCCGUACAAAAUUGACGUUGAGCCAACAUUAUUUGUAUCAUCAUCUAGCUUACUGAUAGCAUUGUUUUCCGCCCUCGUCUACCUGCCCCGAAAUGAGUAUC